GGGACCCCCAUGGAUCUGCUGCCCUGGCUUCCCCCGUUUUACGCGGGCGGGGUCCCUCAGGCACAGCUUGGGUGUCUGCGUCCUCUGAAGUGAAGCUGACCCACGUAAACUCGGGUACUCUUACUGCCAUAAACAUUAAAUGGAAGAAAAUUGGUGAUUGCCCCUUCAGGACUUGGGACUGUUGUAAAACUGGAGGAAGCAAAAACUCAUGGUUGGAUCUGGAGGAAAACACUGUGUUCUGGAAAGAAUAAGGAGGUAAGAUUUAUUUGACUGGAUUUCUAUUUUUAAAGUUAUGUCACGUUAUUUGCUCUUUUAUUUGGCCAGAGUUUUACAGUGGCUACAGUCACUUCCAAGUUACCUUGGAAGCAGAAAUGUACCAAAGGUAUAUAAGGCGUGCUGGAUCAAAUCUGUAUUUUAAGGGGAUUGCAUAGAAGCACAGGGUUUUGCUCCUUCAGGGGCACCCUGAGAAAUUGUGCCAUAUGUCAUACACAAGUUAAGAAAAGGUAGAAAAGAGACUCUCCAGAUGCUGUUUACAGCAGAUUAUGAAAAUAAUAAGUUCCUAAAGAUAUAUUUUCAAAUACUACUACUGAUACUUAUUGUGCAAUUCCUUUUGAUUUUUUUAAUUCCUUUAUAGCAUAUUGUAAUGUUAGCAUAUGGAAACAUAAGAUUUUUGUGGUGAUUACUGCAUUACAGAACCUAAUGCUGGUUUUUAUUUCAACCUUCCACAUCUCUUUAAAUCUUCAAUUAAAUGAAAACAUUAACUCUCUUUUAAGAUUUUCACAAAACUGUUUACUAUAAAUUUACUGAUUCCUGGAUCAGAUUUAGGAACUAAUGUCCACCUGAACUAAUGGUAAGACUGGGCACAUGUAGCCAGUGAAAGAGAAUGUAUGUGAGGGCAGUCUUAAAGAGCAAGGGCUUUUGGGCUCAGAACAGAUUUUGAGGAAAAGCAUUUUACUAGAAUAAAUACUUGCAAUUGAAUUGAAAUUCCUUGCAAUUUCCAGUCCUAAUAUUACCUAAACCAAACUAAAAGUGGGCUUGUUCAAGUUCUGACAUUGAAGACUCCUACCUUUACAAGUUGCUAAAGAUCAGCCAAAAAGAAAUUUAACUUUCUACUGAGAAGGAAUUGCAUGGAUUUCUCCUUUUAACCUAAAGGAACUUGUUGAAGAGAAAACCUCAAACUCUUCCUAAAAAUCUCUGGACAGCCAGGUGGAACAUCUGCAGUUCCCUACUCCCUACCUCACAGUGUACUGGGAUUGAUGCCAAGUGUGUACACAAUUAAUAUUUGCUUUUAAUUUCAGCAUUAUUAAUCAUUGGUAUUUAAAACGGUUUUGCAAAGGCACAUAGUUGAAAACUCUCAUGCAUCCCACUCCUUCUUUUUAAAACACCCAGGAAUGUCACUAAAGAACUGGAACUGUGGAUUAAAGGUUAAUGACUUAUGCAUAUCCCAUUUCUGAAAAUGAAUGUAUGUGGCCAUAUGUGAAGAGUACGUGUCAGCUAUUUUACCAUGGUUGAUUUUGCACGUAGGUGACAAAACUGCAACAGCGCCUUUCCUGUUUUAUCAACAAGGCAUCAAAAAAGACACAGCAGUGGAUGUUGGUUGUGGUAUAAAUCCAGCUGCAGAUAUGGGUGGGGUUUGUGUCCAACAAUUGAGGCCUGGCUAUGCAUUUGGUCUUUGAUUUACGAAGCACAAAGUCUGAAUUCUAAAUACCCCUUCACGCAACGCAAAGCGCGGGCGGGGACCAGCCCGCCCUCCCGCCGCGCGUCGCCGGGCCCGGCCCAACGGCCGCCGCCCAACGGCCCGAGGCGGAAGCCUCGUCCUCUGCGGGCGUGAGGGAGCAGGGGGGCGGCUGGCGGCGGGGCUGCCUCCGCGAAGGUGUUCGCCGGGAUACCGCUCCUUCUGCUGGCUGCGCUUGCCAGCCGGCCUCGCUCCAUCGUUAUUUAUAGCGUUUAUAAUCCAGUUCGUUUAAAUGCUUCAAUUUAAAAUAUGUCCUAAGAAAGCAAAAGCUGGUCUGGUCAUAUUGUGAAGUGAUAGAACCUUGGGGUUUUUCCCUUUUAAGUGCGAAUUUGGAGACAUAACUUGAGGGAACAGGCAAGAUAAAAAAAAUCUGCUAUCCUUUUAGCCUUCAUGAUUAUUAAAUAUUUUGCUGCUCUGUGGUGAUAUGACUUAAGUCUCAAGGAACAACUCAUUAACCUGAUUGAAUUGAUUAACAAAGGUAAAGACUGAAGCAAUUUUCUCAACUUCAGAGAUAAAAAGUCCUGAUAAGAGGUAAUGAAACUUAAAAAGUGUGAGAAAGAUCAUGUAUUAUUUGGGCAUUCCUCUUAACUGUAUACAGAUUCAUUCUUAUGAUGGAUAAACAGGCAGCUGCUAAAUCAUCUACCAUUUUUACCUCGGAUGCUGUUAAAGUACAUCUGAAGAAGAGGGAUGGAACAUUACAAGCUGCAAAACGGAAUGCUUCUGUAGCAUCUAAAAUCAAAACUAAAUUAAUAAAUAACUCAUCUGUGUUUAAAGUAUCUUUAAAACAAAAUAAUAAAGCAUUAGCUGUGGCUUUGAGUGUGGAGAAAGAAAAUUCUCGGAAGCUAAAGAAUGAGAAGAUUUUUCUUCAGAAGGAAGUAGAAAAGCUGCAGCUUCACAAUAUCCUGCUUCGUCAAAAACUAAACUCUUUGAAUAAAACUCUAAUAGAAAUAGAAGCAUUUUUGAACGAUAACCUCUUAACCGCAAUAGAAAUAAGCAGUCCUUCCGAGAAUCUUCAGAGUUCUCUUCCUCUGCCAUCUGGUCCAAGUAGCCCUGCUGAUGACCACCAGUUCAAGAGUGCCUGUCAGUUUGCUAGAUCUGUAGAAUUGCCCAUGAAGCCUCCUUUAACUGCAAAAGCUAAUGCAAAACAGCAAGAUAGCCCUUCUGUGUGUGAAAUACCGAAUUUUUAUAAGCGUACCAUUAUUUUCUCAAAGGAAAUGCAUUCAGAUCAAGUCAAGUUUGCAUUAUCAUUACCUUCUGGUGCAAGUAAUCAGAAGUUAAUUGAAAUAGACCCAGUGGAAACAAGCAUUGACAGAAAUUUAUUUUUCAGAGAAAAUCAAUUAUGCACAGAACUAACUUGCAAUAGUGCCUUCCUGACUCAUGUCAAAAAUACAGAGUCUUUAAGACAGUCUGAGGAGCUUACAAAACAAUAUAAUGAUAGUUCAUUGUCAUUCUGUGGAAAUGUGACUGAAAGGAAGAAACAUGCAGUACUUUGUGAGUCAGAAACUCAACCUAAUAUAAAGGAUUUUGAUAAAAAAUGUAGCUCAAAUAAUCUGCCUCAUUAUGGUAUCAACAGCAGCAGCAACACCAAUGACAUGAAUUUGCAGGAAAGUUCCAGUAACUUGUCUCGCAUUGUUCUUUCACCUCUUGAAUUUAGCAAUGAAAAUAAGACAGAUUUUAAGAAGAUGCUUUUUACUAACAAGAUGAAGCCUGAGGAAACUGUUUAUGAUGCUGAUAUGGAGUUGACUACCAGUGAUGUGGGUGAACUACUCACAGUUACAGCGAAAGACAAAGAUAAAUUACAUCAAAAUAAAAAUAGUAAUGCCAGGUCUGAUAAAAUAUUAGGAAAUUUCAGAAAAGUGAAAUAUUCUAAGAAGGAUAAAGAGAAAAUUAAAUGCAAGACUGAAGACAGUUCAAAUCUGUAUUCAGAAGAAAGGCACACUAGGGCUGACAGUAGUAAAAUUUCAAAAGCUACUGACUCACCAACUCCACUAGUACAAAGUCAGAGAGAAGAGCUACCUGCAGGAAAUCCUGUAAGGAACCAGAGUUUGCUAAAUACCAGCAAAUGUUAUCAAGCACAAAAUUGUCCAAGUAAAGAUAAAGAUACAAGAAGGACAUACCAGGUUAACUUAAGGAGUCCAAGAAAACAGGAGACAAAUAAAGAAACUUUCUCAGAAACGUUUGAAGACACGGAAAGCAAAACACAUAAAGCAGACUCAAACUCAUCUAUUAACAAGAUCUCACCAGAAUUUUAUUGUGCUGAAAAUUUACCAUUCCAGGAGAACGCUUCUAAUGUAUUGCCUUUGCAGUGGGACUUUGUGCAUACAAAUGAGAAACGUAGUGGACCAAAAAUAAACCCUUCUAAAAUGAACACAGCAAAAUACUGUGGAGAGGAAAGUGGGCAGCAUGGAGAACAUAUUUCAAAAAAGCCUCAAACAGAGAUACGCCAACAUGACAGCAAGAGAAAACAAGACCAGAAGCAUAUUAUAAAGAAAAAAUACAACAAAGAGAGUAGUUACGGACAAAGUGGAGAAACUGAAAGUCACAGCAUUCAUAAAAUUAGUCAGAAAGAUGUCCAGAAGAGUAGCCAUUUUUCACACAGAAGAUUAAAACGUACAUUGGCAAAGGCUAGCCGGAAAGCAUGUAUAAUACCAAAAGAAAAUCUUACACAGUUAUCACUUUGUAAAAAUGAAGAAUUCAAAAAUAAGGAUGCCUUGCAUGCAGAGGCUGAUCUCGGAAAUGAAAUAACUGAAACUCAGCAAAUGCAAGUAGCUUUAGUUACUCAGAAUUGUGUAGCUAUGAAUACACCACAAGCUAAAGAACAAGUUGAUGAUGAUGCUAAUUUGUUAAAGAAAGUAGAUUCCUCAUCAGUGGCAGAUAAAAUCCCUCACAUUAGUAAUUCUCCUGAUAAUCAUGUAAAGUGCAAACAGAGGUUUAGUUCUGAUAUUACUGAAACCAGACCAGAGGAAAAUUAUUUCAGGCAUAUUGAUCAGGGGGGGCAGAAUAUUUUGGAUAAUGAGGAAGUCCCUCAUGAGGUAGAUUCCUCUAUGAGCAAGCUAAAGCCUAUGGUUCAAAAAUCAGAAUUUUUAACAUUCUUACCUGUCGAAUGUUCUAAGAAUAGUCCAUUAAAUGUAGAUAGCUUUUUCCAGGAAGCUUGUUCUAAUGUGGAGCUCCCAGCUCUUGAUAACCAUAAUGCUUCCAUGAACUUCUCUAUACUGGAAAACUCUGAAAUCUGUGGGGAAAAUGGUCAUAAUAAAGCACUGGAUGCUGGAAAAGCAGACCAAAACCUGGAUGAUAUUUCUAAAGAGACCUACAAAAAGACUCUGACACCUUAUCAUGGGAGAAAGGCUUUGCAAGAUCUGACAAAUACUAGUAUAUGCUCUCAGACUUCUUUACCUAAACCGCCCAAAACUUCAGAAGAAGACUCCACAGCACCAUCUAGACGAGUAAGAAGCUCUAUUUGCUACAAAGAACCUAAUCUAAACAGCAAAUUAAGGCGUGGGGAUCAGUUUACAGAUACAAAAUUUCUGGAUUCCCCAGUCUAUAAAGUAAAAAAUAAAAGAAGUUUUAAAAGUAAAUCAAAAUGUAUUUGAAGACGACAAGAGAAUUGCCUUUAUGAACAAUACUUCUAAAUGGGUACAAUUUUAAAAUAUAUCUAGAAAUGUUUAGCAGUGUAGGGUGCUUAUUGUUCUUUGCUUAGUAAAGGUCUUCCAAAGUGGAAUUUCCUGGAAAGGAGCCCCUAUAUAAGGGACAUAGACACUUUACUGAAGAAGGCAAAUACAGGUUAGGCUCCACUCUUUUGUUUUGCAUUUCUGGCCAGUAAUUUAUGAUCUGUUCAAAGGGUUUGCAGCACUUCUUAAUUUGUAAGAAAAGUGUAUGUUUUAAUAAGAAUUAAAAAUAAAUCACUUUUGGGAAUUCUAA